AUGCCGUCUCUGAAUCCCGUCAAGCUCGUCGGCGGUGCAUCGUGGCUCUACCCGAUCAAGGGCAUCUUCUACUUUCUAGGACAUACUCGUUAUUACCCUCUGUUCAGGAGUCGACUGAUACCCGUUACUUUGUUGUCGUUCGUCAUUUAUGGCAUCCUCUUCACCUUCGCAUACCUCCCAAUCGUCGCCUUCUUGGCUAUCUGGCAUGGCCCUACAGCCUGGAUAAACGGAGCUUUCCUCAUUCUCGGUGCUGGCUCAGCGGUGAUUGCCUUGCUGUUUGAAGCUUUCUUUGUCGACGAAACCCUGGUAGAUACAUUUGACGCAGUGUUGGUAGAUCAAGGCUGUCAAGAGCUGGUCAGUCGAGGAAGACUGUUGGAUGAAACAGCUCCGAAUUCUGUCAAGUCUCUGGGAAAGCCUACCAUCUCCAGCGUCUAUUCUCCUUUCAGCUUUCGCCAGAUUGCUCUCUUCGUCGUUACCCUUCCAUUGAGUUUCAUUCCGAUAGUCGGCAUCCUCUUCUUCCUAAUUGUCAACGGCUUCUACGCUGGAAGCCUGGCUCACUAUCGUCUUUACAAGCUUCAGGGGUUGUCCAAGAAGGAGCAGAAGAAGGAAGUUAGCAAGAGAAAGCUUAAAUACACCUGGUUCGGCGCUGUUCACCUGUCAUUGCAGCUCGUGCCCGGCCUGAGCAUGCUCUUUCUUCUCACCUCAGCUGCUGGUAGUGGUCUAUGGGCUGCCAAAUUGGAAAAAGAAAGGACGUUGACACAAGGCGCAACAAUUCAACCGAAUGAGAGAUAUGAAGAUGAGCCUGUUUGA